GGACUACUAAGUACAGUUCGUACCGGUGGUCGGCGGCGGUUGCCAUGUGCGACAAGCAUGAUGACAUCUUCCCCCCCCCCCACACGGCGGUCCAGAACCAGAACCAGAACCAGAUCCUCAACCUCAACCUCCAUCUCAACUGUCAUCUGUAUGCCCAAUCUUCGACUCGACCGAUCAGACCAUUGGAUAAAAACCACUCCCGAGACCAGCUUGUAAAAUGGCCCCCGCUCGUCGUCGCGGAGGCAAUCCUGCCGCUACCCGUGCCAACCAGUCGACCCUGUCCUUCGGUUCCCAGUCGAGAGUCACCAAACCAUCGGCCACCCCGUCAACACGAUCCCAGAAGGCAAAGGACCUUGAGUCGAUCGAUGCUUUCCCACCUGAGAAGCUAUCCAUUCAAGAUGUGUCGGAACCAGAACAGGCACCUGCUACUCCCAUCGAGCCUUCGCAACCGCAUGUCGCAGAAAUUGCCGUGAGAGAGCAGGCCCGGACGGAGACCCAACAGCCGUUUUCGGAGGAGGAUGAGAAAGCUAAAAGCACCACUCAACGGCAGUUGCAGCAGUACUGGAACAAGGAGGAAACAAAGAGACUAGCACCUCGAGUUCACCAAGGCGACCUUACACUGCAUGAGAAGAUCCUGCGACAUUUUGACCUCUCUAGCCAAUACGGGCCGUGUAUUGGGAUCGCGCGACUCAAGCGAUGGAGACGUGCCAACAUGCUUGGCCUCAGUCCCCCGAUGGAGGUACUUGCAGUCCUGUUAAAGCAGGAUGAGGACAUCAAACAGAGAGCAUACGUUGAUGAACUGUUGUCUUGAGUUUGGACCCGGAAGUGACUCUGUUUAUAAACAGUCCAUGGAACGGACGGAGUAUGGUUGGUUGGUUGGACCGGUGCUUGGGCGAAUGCUGCACAUACCCUUUGGAUUUCUAUGACUUGGAAUGACAUGCCC